AUUCCCUUCCUUCCCGCUUCUCCAUUCUCCAUUCUCCAUUCUUCUCUUUCAAACACAAUCAAUUUCCUCCCUUCUCUCUUUCUAUUUUUCUCCAUUUUCCACAACAAUGGAUAAUAAUGAUCAUGACCAAGACAGAGAUCCACCAUCAUCGCCAUUUUCAACCUCCAAUGUACCUCAUUCUAACCGCAAAUCCCACUCUCUCAGCUCCCAAAUCCGCCAUGGAACUUCUGCUACAUCAUCCUCUAUUGCCGCUUCUAAUUCAAAUCGUGCAAUCCAACUCAGAAAUAACUCCCUUGAUGAAGUCAGAAUCACAAAUGUAAUCACCAAUCACCUCAAUCAACGCACCUUUUAUGAUGAUUCCGAUGAUGAAACCGAUGUUUUCUUCCCUUACGCUUCCAAUUACUCUUCCGCACCUAACCCUAAAUACGAUCACUCUGUUUCGCUUCCCGUUAUUUCAUCAACAAAUGAUGAAGAUGAUCAGCGAUUGGCAAUGCCGGAGUUUACAGCAAACGGUGGGGUUGGGAUUUUUAAGUCUCCGAUUCGUUCUGCGGUUCACCCGACCCGCCCACCUGCUUUGGAGGUUAGGCCCCACCCGUUAAGGGAGACACAAGCUGGGAGGUUUUUGAGGACGAUUGCUUGUACGGAUAGUCAGUUAUGGGCGGGUCAAGAAAAUGGGGUUAGGUAUUGGAAUUUUAAAGAUAGGUACGAAGCUGGAGUUGGUUUUGGCGGGAGAGGGAAACGUGGGGAUGAAGAUACGUCGCCGUUUUAUGAGUCUGCUGUGACUUCUCCUACAAUGUGCAUGGUGGUUGAUCAUGGGAAUAGAUUGGUUUGGACUGGACAUAAAGAUGGAAAGAUUAGGUCAUGGAAAAUGGAUCAAAAUUUGGAUUCUGGUGGUUUUGGUAGUGUUGAUGAUUUGGCUUCGCCUUUUCGUGAAUGUCUUUCUUGGCAAGCUCAUAAGGGACCUAUUCUAGCUUUGAUCAUGUCUUCUUAUGGUGACCUGUGGUCUGGUGCAGAAGUUGGUGUUAUCAAAAUAUGGCCAUGGGACUCGAUAGAGAAAUCUCUGUCUCUAACAGCAGAGGAAAAGCACAUGGCUGCUCUGUUAGUGGAAAGGUCUAGUGUGGACUUGAGAAGUCAGGUUACUGUGAAUGGUGUAUGCAAUAUCUCAGCUUCAGAUAUUAAGGUUAUGCUAUCUGAUCAUUGCAAAGGAAGAGUGUGGUGUGCCACUAAUCUAUCCUUCUCAUUAUGGGAUGCGCGUACAAAGGAACUUAUCAAAGUGUUUAACAUUGAGGGCAAUGUUGAAAAUCGGGCAGAGAUGCCAGUGCGUGAGGAUCAAAUAGUAGAAGAUGAGAUGAAGGUUAAAUUUGUUUCUCAAUCCAAGAAGGAAAAGUCGCAGGGGUUUCUCCAGAAAUCACGUAAUGCUAUCAUGGGCGCAGCUGAUGCUGUUCGUAGAGUAGCUUCAAGAGGUACAGGGGCAUUUAAUGAGGAUAACAAGAAAACGGAGGCACUAGUGUUAACUGCUGAUGGAUCGAUUUGGAGUGGUUGUUCAAACGGUGUAAUUUUGCAGUGGGAUUCAAAUGGAAAUCGUCUCCAAGAUUUCAAUCAUCAUCAUUCCGCUGUUCUAUGUUUUUGCACCCAAGGCUCUAGGCUAUGGGUAGGAUAUGCUAGUGGUGUGGUCCAGUUGCUGGAUCUUGACGGAAAUCUAUUAGCAGGGUGGGUUGCUCAUAGUAGUCCAGUGAUAAAGAUGGCGAUAGGUGGAGGUUAUGUUUUCAGCAUGGCUAUUCAUGGUGGUAUACGUGGAUGGCACCUCACGUCCCCUGGGCCAAUCGAUGGUAUAGUACGCACUGCAUUGUCUUCUAAAGAAUUGUUGUACACGAGACGAGAAAGCAUAAAGAUGUUGGUAGGAACAUGGAAUGUUGGUCAAGGGAAACCCAACCCAGAAGCACUCAGAUCAUGGCUAGGUUCUGUAGUGUCGGAUGUUGGAAUCAUUGUGGUUGGAUUGCAAGAAGUGGAAAUGGGAGCUGGCUUCCUUGCCAUGUCUGCGGCGAAAGAAACAGUAGGACUAGAAGGUAGUGCCAUAGGGCAAAUUUGGCAGGAUGCUAUUGGUAGGAUCUUAGAUGAAGGAAUUGUAUUUGAACGCGUAGGCUCUCGGCAGCUUGCUGGUUUGCUUAUAGCUAUCUGGGUAAGAAAGAAUAUGAGGAUGCAUGCUGGAGACCUUGAUGUUGCAGCUGUUGCUUGUGGUUUUGGCCGAACAAUUGGUAACAAGGGAGGAGUAGGCUUGAGAUUGAGAGUCCAUGAUAGAAUACUUUGCUUUGUGAAUUGUCACUUAGCAGCACAUUUGGAAGCAGUUAGUCGUCGUAAUGCUGAUUUUGAUCACAUCUGGAAAACAAUGGUCUUCUCGAGGCAAUCUCACUUACUGAAUGUUGCUGCUGGUAUGCGAUGUCUGCUUUUGUAUUGCUCUCUUGCAUUGUGCAUAUAUUUAUUUUGGCUCCUUUAUUCUUCUGGCUUCCCAUUGCUCCUCUCUCUUGCAGCUGGAGCUUAUUCGGCAUCCCAAGUGCUUCGUCCUGCAAAUGGUCCCAGUGGAAACUCUGAUGAGGGUGUCCGGCCUGAUUUAGCAGAAGCAGAUAUGGUCGUGUUUCUCGGAGACUUUAAUUAUCGGCUCUUUGGAAUAUCGUAUGACGAGGCAAGAGAUUUUGUAUCUCAAAGAAGCUUUGAUUGGCUACGAGAAAAGGAUCAACUUCGAGCAGAAAUGAAAGCUGGGAAAGUUUUCCAGGGAAUGCGCGAGGCCAUGAUUAAGUUUCCUCCGACUUACAAAUUCGAAAGGCAUGUACCAGGGUUAGGAGGCUAUGAUUCAGGGGAGAAGAAACGAAUUCCUGCUUGGUGUGAUAGAGUAAUAUAUCGUGAUUGUCGUACUGGACCAGUAUCAGUGUGCAGUUUGAACUGUCCAAUACUCGCCUCAAUACAAAUGUACGAAGCUUGCAUGGACGUCACUGAAAGUGAUCACAAACCUGUUCGAUGCAAAUUCAGUGUUCAUCUUGCAAGAGUAGAUAGAUCAGUUAGAAGGAAAGAAUUUGGCGAGGUCAUGAAAACUAGCAAGGAAAUCGAAUCUUUGCUUCAAGAAUUAUCUGUGAUACCUGACACAGCAGUUAGCACAGAUAGCAUAAGUCUUCAAAACCAGGAGACUUCCUUUCUUCAGAUCACUAACAAGAGCAAAAACAAGGAAGCUGUGUUUCAUAUCAUAUGUGAAGGUCAAUGCACCAUCAAUGUCAAUGGAGAACCAACUGAUCUUCAGCCCAGAGCCUCCUUCGGCUUUCCUACUUGGCUUGAGGUCUCACCAGCGUGUGGUGUAAUCGACACUGAACAAAGCAUGGAUGUGACAGUGCGGCAUACAGAAUCUCAUACAUUGGGAGACUUAGUCGAUGGGGUUCCUCAAAACUGGUGGUGUGAAGACACCAGAGACAAGGAAGUCGUACUGGCAGUUCAAAUUAAGUGCAGUACCUCAAUGGAGUUCACAACGCAUCGCAUCCGUGUACGUCAUUGCUACUCAACAAGGAGAUCACACAUCGGAUCAAGAACAAAUAGCUCAAGGAGAGGAAGUAAUAGCUCCCAUUAUCGUUCUGAAAGUCAGCGUCGUGAUAAUAACCUUGACAUGGUUGAUCGUGGUUGAUGUCUUGGGGAGAUCAACUAGAACUCCUUCGUUUUUUAGAACUAGAAUUUCCAGAGACCUUCCUUUUUUACGCUAGGGGUGCAACGGAAAUGUAUGUUUACUUUUAUUAUAGAUCGUCUUUUAACAUGUGUCUGUAAAUACAUGGAGCUGGUCGCUGUAUAACUUGGAAGAUGUAGAUCAACCAGAACUCCCUCCCACAUUCACUUGAUUCUUUUGGCGGCAAAACGUCGUUUACUUCUACCAUGGAAACAUUGUAAUAGCAAAGAUGUAUGUUUUUAGUGUAGAGAACGCAAAAUUGUAAGUGGUGCAAAAUUUUGCACUCUCAACCUGAUUAUAGUAAUAACUCUGUUUUUGCUC